AUGGAAGCUGCAGGCUUGAUGCAAGAUUUCCCUUGUAUUAUCAUCCGCGGUAUCUGCGAUUAUUCCGACACGCAUAAAAACAAGAAGUGGCAGGGUUAUGCUGCAUUGGCAGCCGCCGCCUAUGCCAAGGAGAUGCUGGAAUAUAUGCCUAAAGGCCGUGUACCGCAGGGAAGCUUGGUGGUGGAUAUCUGCAAAUCACUUACUGGAGAGCUCAAUAGCCUGAGUAAAGCUACCAAGCAUAUUGAACAGAAGAUUGAUUUACAGGCACUGAAAACUGCAAAAGGGGCAGCAUUUGACGCCUAUGAAAACCACCAUGACGAAUGCAUUCAAGGGACGCGGGUUGAGCUACUUCGCGAUAUCGAAGAAUGGGCAACAUCACAACAUGGGAAAUGUAUCUUCUGGUUAAAUGGGAUGGCAGGAACUGGCAAGUCAACAAUUUCACGCACAAUUGCACGCCAACUCCAAGAAAUAGGGAUGCUUGGGGCCAGUUUCUUCUUUAAAAGAGGCGAAGAGGAUCGCGGAAAUGCAAAGAAGCUUUUCGCAACCAUAAUCCAACAAUUGGGGAUAGGAAAUCCCAAGUUGAUGCGCAGUAUCCAGAAGACAGUUGAAGAAGACCCUUAUAUUUCAGAGAAGGCAUUGGGCGAGCAAUUUGAUAAACUGAUUGUCCAGCCACUCCUUGAUCUCAACUUGGAUGAAACAUUAACCAUGGUGGUCGUUAUUGACGCUCUGGAUGAGUGUGAAAUAGGAGAAUACAGAGACGAUAUAAGAGUCAUAAUCAAACUCCUACCACGCGUGCAGACGUUAGGACGCCUGAGACUACGAUUCUUCCUGACGAGCAGACCAGAAUUGCCGAUUCGACUAGGUUUCAAGAAUAUCAAAUAUCAGCAUCAACAUAUGGACCUUCAUGAUGUUGCCAAGUCAGCCGUUGAACGGGAUAUCUCUAUCUUUUUGAGACAUAGAUUCUUGCACAUCCAGCAGGACCGUGACCUCCCAAUCGAAUGGCCUGGAGAGCAAGCCAUUGAGAGCUUGCUUGCAAGGACAGUGCCGUUAUUUAUUUCUGCGGCCACCCUGUGUCGAUUUCUUGGGGACAUAAACUGGGACCCUCAAAGCCGGCUUCAGGAAAUUCUCGCCGAUCAAAUGACUUACGUCUCCAAGAUGGCCAGUACAUACGUGCCGGUUUUAAAUGGACUUUUGCUUGGUCAGGAUGAGUGGGAGACUAAGCAUCUGGUCAAGGAAUUCAAGCAGGUAGUCGGCACUAUAAUUAUUCUUGCGACGCCCCUCUCAAUUAAUGGCCUUUCCCAGCUUCUGGGCCUAACAGCCGUAAGUAUUAGGAGGCGACUAGACCGACUUCACUCUGUUUUGAAUAUACCUGAAGGUCCAGAAAGUCCUGUUAGAGUUCUGCAUCUUUCAUUUAGGGACUUCCUGCUGGAUGAGAGGACAAAGGCAUCCAAGGAAAGUCAGCGAUUCUGGGUUGAUGAGAAGGCGGCACACUAUGCCCUAGCUGAAAGGUGCAUCGCAACAAUGUGCCACAGCCUGAAGAAGAAUAUCUGCAGUUUGCCAACCGAUGGUACAGAACGGAGCGACAUAGAUGUAGUUUCUCUCAGUGUCCAUUUGCCACCCGAAUUGCAAUACUCCUGUCGUUAUUGGACACAGCAUCUGGUACAAUCUGCAGACCCCGUCAUGCUGUUGUCUAAAGCUUUUCCAUUCCUUGAAACACAUUGUCUUCACUGGGUGGAAGCAAUGGGUGUCUUGGGCAUUGCGUCCGAAGUUAUAGAGGCAAUAAAGAGAUCGCGAGCAGUUAUACAGGGUGGUCAACAUCCCAAGAUAUCGGAAUUUCUGGGGGAUCUCAUGCGAUUCGUCGUUAGGAAUCGGCAGAUAGUCGACACCGCGCCACUUCAGCUUUACUCUUCAGGUCUUAUGUUCGCGCCAGAGAGUUCAAUAGUGAAAACGAUGCAUAAGAAGGAGCUCUUCGGUUGGCGGCAAUUGCCAAAAGUCGAUGAGUCCUGGGAUGCACAGCUACAAACCCUAGACGAGACCAACGAGUCCGCUUCUGGUCGUGUUACAUCUUUAGCCUUCUCGCCUAACGGUCAGAUACUAGCGAGCAGCUAUGCAAGGGGAAACAUCAGUCCCUGUGUAAUCAAGCUCUGGGAUCCCAGCACUGGCCAGCUGCGGCAGACCCUGAAGUGCAGCCCAAAUAGCAACCAAUCUGUGGCCUUUUCUCCCGACGGUCAACUGUUGGCAUCGUCCAGCUCUGGAGACCGUCCUGGCGUUAACCUUUGGGAUCCCAGCACGGGCGAGCUACGCGAAUAUCUGAAACACGAUUCAGGAACUAUUUGGUCCGUCGCGUUCUCGCCCGACGGUCGGCUGCUGGCGUCAGGUUCCGGCAAGGUCCAGCUCUGGGAUCCACGCACUGCGCAGUUACGCCAGACCCUCGAAGAACAGUCUGGUCCUGUUUAUUCUGUGGUUUUUUCACCCACCGGCCAGCUGCUAGCGUCAGCUUCUUUUGAUAUCAGACUAUGGGACCCUACCACGGGGGAUCUGUGUCAGAUUCUCGAAGGCCACUCUAGUUAUGUCAAUUCUAUGGCCUUUUUGCCUGGGCAACUGCUAGCAUCUGGCUCCGGCGACAAGACUAUCAAGCUCUGGGAUCUGACUACAGGUGGGCUCCGUCAGACCUUCAAGGCCCAUUCUGGUGGGGUUCGAUCAUUAGCCUUCUCUACUGACAGCCAACUGCUGGCGUCUGGCGCAGACGAUGGGACUAUUCGGUUAUGGGACCCUGAUACAGGCAAGAUACGACAGACCUUUGAGAGGCCCUCCCUUCCAAUUCGGUGUAUAGCCUUUUCACCCGAUGGCCAGCUCCUGGCAUCCGGAUCUCAUGGCGGUAUUCUCCAGCUUUGGGAUCCCAGUGCAAACAGACCAUCUCUGACCGCUGUGGAAGCGGGCCACUCCCUUCGUGUUCAAUCGAUAGCCUUCUCGCCCAAUGGAGACCUGCUGGCAUCCGGUUCUGAGGAUACAACCAUCAAGGUCUGGAACCCUCAAACGGCCGAGAUACGGCAGACUAUUACCGGCAACUCCCUUCCUGUUCGAUCGGUAACCUUCUCGCCCAAUGGCCAACUGCUGGAAUUUGGCUUAAGUGACCGGCGCGUCAAGGUGUGGGACGUCAUCACAUCUAAGCUACACCAGAACCUUGAGGGAAAGCCGUUUAAAAGUCGGUCUAUAGCAUUCUCACCCAAUAGUCAACUACUGGCAUUUCCAUCUACUGAUAAUAAUACUGUUAAGCUUUGCGAUCCAAUUACAGGCGAGCUUCACCAGAGUCUCGAGGGACAUUCGUCCUUUAUCACGUCAAUAGCCUUCUCAGCUGAUGGUCAGCUGCUUGCAUCUAGCUCUGGUGAUAGAACUAUAAAGCUCUGGGAUGCGAAUACAGGCGAGCUGCGACAUACCCUUGAAGUGUUUCAUUUAAUCGCUAUUUCUCUAGCAUUCUCACCUGACAGCCAGCUGUUGGCGUGCAACUCUAUUGACCAGACUGUCGCGCUCUGGGAUGCCAGGACAGAGCUGUGUCAGAUACUCGACCAUCGCCAUUCGGCAUGGGCAUGGUUAGAAAACGGUUCCCCUAUAUCUAUACUUAAUGACCAGUGGGUAUACAUUGAAGGUAUAAAGGUAUUAUGGCUUCCUCAUGGGUAUCGGCCCGAAUGCCUGGCAAUGAAAGACGGCAUUUUGGCUCUUGGCCAUGCCUCCGGAAGAGUGUCAUUUAUCUCCCUAAGUUGA